GAGAUCCUCCUCUAAACCUGUUGACUUGUAGCAAGGUACGAUUGCUAGAUGUUUGUUCCAGACUGGCGACUAAGAUGUCCUGUGUCUGCUGUGGCCACAAACACUCCCGUCUGCCCUCCUACAGACUGCACCAUUCUCCUCCUUGGCUCCUGAGCUUCAUUUUUGCCAUUCAGCACCUCCUGGUCCUCGCGUCUAUUGUAUGUACCAGCCACCAUCUGCUUCUCCAGGCUCGACCGUUAGGCCCAGCAGAUCAGAGUCGUCUCUUUGCCAGCAGCCUGUUUGCUUGUGGUUUUGCUACCGCUCUGCAAAGCACCUUGGGAACCAGGCUGCCUCUGGUACAGGCCCCAACUUUUGAACUACUAAUUCCAGCCCUGACUCUUCAUCAACAUUCAGCCGGCAACAGAACAUCGAAAAAUGACACGCAAGGAUCAAUACACUGCGCUGAAGGAGACUGUGACAGGCUGAAAAAUAAUGUCCAUUUCAUUGCAGAGGUGUCAGGAGCCGUGCUGGUCGCAGGGGCUCUCCAGGUGGCAUUUGGUGCCAGUGGUCUCCUGGGUCGGAUCCUGCAGAAUUGUGGCCCCAUGGUUAAAGCUCCAGCCCUAUCCAUCAUUGGAUUGUCAUGCUACAAACAGGCCGCUCUGUUCUGUUCUUUCAAUUGGAUCAUCUCCUUACUACUCAUACUCAUAACUGGGGUGUUAUCCCAAAUAUGCCGCUCUUGCUACCUGCCGAUAUGGACGUGGAGAUCGAAGAAAGACACGGAUAAGCAGUAUUUCCCAGCUCUGCGCAUGUUCUCACUGGUCCUGACAAUUUCCUGCACCUGGAUUGUCUGCAGCUCUUUAAGAAUGGUGAAUGAGCGUGCAGCGCUUGACAGCGCAGUCAGGUCUUCCGUCAAUGAUUCAACCUUCAUCACCACCGCAUCUCUCAUGGGCAUCGCUGGCCGCGAACAAAACGCCAUCGAACCAGCUGCCUGGUUUAAAAUCCCAUCUCUGGGUGCCUGGGGUUGGCCGCAGUUCACUCUCCAUUCAUUGAGCGUGGGGAUUGCCAUGGCUCUGACCUCCAGCCUGUCUUCUCUCUGUUGUUACAUUCUGUGUGAUCGGAUGAUAGACUGCCCUCCAAUCCCAUCUCAGGCCUGCAACAGGGGGAUCUGCAUGGAAGGGGCUGGGAAUAUCCUAUCAGGUAUACUAGGAAGUAUCUGUGGAACUGGCUCCAGUAUCCCUAACGCUGGUAUGGCAGGAAUCACCAAGGUGGGAUGUCGCCAUUCUGUUCAUAUUACUGCUUUUCUGCUUAUUGCAUUGGGUUGCUCCCCAAGGAUCUCUGAAUUCCUGAUGGAUAUUCCCUUUGCAGUCCAUGGAGCAGUCCUGAGCUUGACGUACUCCAUGGCCUUGGGAGGCGGAAUCUCCUAUUUCCAGUAUGCAGAUAUUGACUCUGGUCGGAACAUCUUCAUUGUAGGCUUCACUAUGUUUAUUGCACUGCUCGUCCCACGAUGGCUGGAAGCAACACCAGGAAUAUUAUUCACUGGCUGGCGACCGCUAGACCUCCUCCUGCUGGGACUUUUAACGGUGCCAAUUUUUUUGGGCGCAUUAUUUUCGUUCAUUUUGGAUAACACUGUGUCAGGAACUCUGCAGGAACGAGGCCUACACUCGGACCAAACGCUUGGAUGCCCUGUAUCUGCAGUGAACACCCCUAUGGGAAGGGAAGAGGAGCUGACAAAAUCCUAUGGACUCCCUCUCACGCAGAACUGCCUCUUCCCUGCUGUGUACCCAUGCAAUCAGCUCUGUCCUCUGCACUACGAGAGAGUGGACAGUGUGGAGAGAGAGUGAAGACGACCAAUUACUGGCCGCAAGAUCUCCUGUAUUAAACCUAGUGCGCUGAUAAAGGCUACAAACCCCUCCGUCAGGUUCUGUAUGGACAUAUGGAGCUUAUAGCAGAUCUGAAUAUGUUAUGAAGUUCCAUCCUUUAAAGCAGAUCUGACACAUGGAAGUUCUUCACAAAGAUAAAUUCUAUAGUUAAAUCUGCCUUGUGUUAAGAUGAAAUAAACAUUUAUUUUUGUUUUGUAUAGAUUA